AUGGUCCCGAUCUACAUCAAUCGCAUAUAUAAGUCAAAUGCGUUUGAGGAAACCUUCCAGAUUUGGGAGGGAGAGCCCAAAACGGGUACUCUGAUGUACGAGAAGAAUGGCCUCGACUUGGCAAAUACUCAACAAAAUUAUGAGGUUUGCUUGAAUAAGGCUCUUCAUACUUUGGUUCUUUUGGAUGCUGGCGAAAACUAUUGGACCCGUGACUCCUACAUGACCAUCUCGCAGGAAGGUGGUAUCAUGAUUGGCCGCUACACCCUUGAUAAGUAUUCACGCCGCGAGUUCAAGUUCCAGCCCCAUUCGGUUAUGGAGAAGGGUUCAUCCUGGAAGUACUCGAGCACCUAUGCUGAGAAUUGGAACACGCAAGACUUUGAUGAUGCUGGUUGGUCCUCGGGUUCCUACUUCCCUGUCGCCAACACGGACGUUAUCACUCGCUACUACCGCAAGACCGUUUCAUUCGGUGAUUUGGCAGGCUUUGCUUCCUUCGAGCUGGCUGUGAACACAAACUACGGUAUCGCCAUGUACGUGAAUGGACAAGAAAUCUAUCGCCACAACCUGCUUGCUGACGCUUCGGCCACCACUCCCGUGGAAGCAGAGGAGGAGGAGGCGUACUAUCAUCGUGCUUUUGCGAAUCGCCACUUGCUCGACGGAUCGGCUGUGCUGGCUGUGGAGAUUCAUUUCCCUGCUGAUCACGCGCCCAUCGUGGAUCCGUUCAACGCGUUCGUGAAUCUGGUGUACGGCAACUCGCACCGUACCUUCGAUGGAUCGGUGUCGGGAGAUCAUCUGGAGGAUUAUUGGGAUGAAUUGGGUGCGAAUCUGUGGGACAACCAGCUGUGCAACAAGUGGUACAACAAGGGCUUCCCCGCGCAGAACAUCUACACGUUCAACAGCAAUCGCGCGGAGUACGUGAACUACUACACCAUCACCACCGGUAACCAGGAUGUGGAGCGUCGCCCCACGCAGUGGAAGCUGGAGGGAAGCAAUGACGGAGAGAACUGGGAUUUGCUGGACGCGCACAUCGGCUAUUCGUGGGAUGGCUACGGUAACACUGAGCAUUUCCCCAUUCCCCAGGUGGCCAAGGGAUACAGAAUGUUCAAGUUCACGCUGCAGGCUUCGGGAAUGAACGAGGCCGAGACUUCGGAUGUCUCGCUCUACGCGAUGGAUCUGGAGAUCGCUCCCAAGGAGAUCUCCUACGGCAAGAACUUCGUGUUCUACCCUGGACAGCCCGUGAAUGUAUUCCCUGUCGCAAGGGGAUUCUCCGACUGGAGCAUCACCCCCGCUCUUCCUAACGGCAUGUCGAUCAACCCCAAUUCCGGUCUCAUUGCGGGAACCGUGCCUUCGGGUGUGGAGGUGGGUCAGAAGACUUACACCGUGUCGGCUACGCUGGCGGGUGCGGAGGAACCUGUGACCGGUGUGGUCUCUAUCAACUUCCAUACCUGCUUGGGCAAUGGAUAUCGUCGUGUGAAGAUCGAUGCGAUCAAGGGAAAUCGCCGUGCUCGCCAGAGCUACGAUAUCGUGUCCAAUGGAGAAGUCGUGGAGUCGGUCAAUCUGAUCGAAGUGUACAAUUCUUAUACUGGAACUGACACAUCGUCGUCCUCCCAGACCGACUAUUUCUGUCUGCCUGAAGGAAGCUAUGAGAUGGUCUUCCACACGGAGAAUGGAUUUGAGAAAUGGGUGGACGGAUCGUCCAUCACGCUGAACACCUACACGCACACUGCGGCGAGCUACUUCAUUGGAGUGUACUCUGGAAUGAGAAAUGGCGAUCGCAUCACGUUCUCGAACAAGUUCUUGAUGAGCGGAGAGAUGGACAAGUGGACCUAUCUGGCUGACGGAACGGUGCCUGAGGGAUGGAACACUGUGGAGUUCGGCGGUUCGUGGACGACUCUGACCGAAGGCAACACGGUGUCGCAGUCUGUGUGGCUGUUCCGCUCGACUGUGGAGAUGGACACCAUCCAGGGCUACAACAGCUACGAGCUGAACAUGAACUGCCGUGCAGGUGUGGUUGUGUAUCUGAACGGUGUUGAAGUGUACCGUGUGGGCGUGGAAGGAGAGGUGACUUCUGGAAGCACCUCCACGAUCAAUAGCGACAGCUUGAAUCCUCAUGUGCUCGUCGGAUUGGUGGGUGCCAACUACCUGAAGGAGGGAAGCAACGUGUUCGCUAUUGCUGUUGUGAACAGAGAUGCCACGGAGCGAGCCAUUGACUUCACUGCCACUCUGAAUCUGCGUGCGGCGACUGCCGAUCUCGCCCAUGGAACCCAGAUCUCUUCCUCUGCCUCUGGCGGUACUGCUGGAAACGCUUUCAACGGAAACAUCGCGAACAAGUGGAGCGCGGAGCUGAGCGGUGCCUUCCUCCAGUUCCAGUGGACGGAUACGCAGUAUCGUCGCCAGCAAGUGAACAAGUUCUGCCUGGUGUCCGCUGCCAACGCUCCGGGUAACGAGCCUUCUGCGUUCACUGUGUCCACUCUGAACGGAGAGAACUGGACCCCUGUGGGAACCUACACGGGUGUGUACUGGACCGAGCGUACUCAGCGCCAGUGCUUCUACCUCUCCAACCCUGUAGCCAUCCAGGGCAUGAAGCUCGAGUUCACCGCUGUGGCUGCGCCCGAGAGCACCACCGUGGAGCUGGCUCUGUUCGAUUUCCUGGAGGAGAACACGGACAAGGUUCUUCCCGAUCUCUCCUUCUCUCCUGCUGCCAUCAGUGGAAUCGUCAACGUCCCGAUCGAGCCCAUCGUUCCUGCCAAUCCCUACUACGAGGAGUUCUCUUCGAGCCCCGCUCUGCCCGCUGGUCUGGAAUUCGGAAGCAACGGAGCGAUCUACGGAACUCCCACCGAGACCGCUUCGGGUGUGUACACGAUCACCGGUAUCUCGAUCAACGGCGAGGCCUUCAACACCACUGUGGCCAUUGAUAUCAAGCAGUGCACUGGAGAUGAGUCCCUUGUGUAUGUCCACAUCACCGACACUGACUCGCGUGGUUAUUACAUGGGAUACGAAUUGGUGGAUCCUGUUUCGGGCACUGUGGUGGGUAGCCGCAGCGAGUUCGACAACAACGCUUUGUACAUGUAUCAUCCCUAUUGCCUGGGUCUGCGCAACUACCAGAUCACUAUGAAGGAUUACUCGCGUGUCGCUUGGCCGGGUAGCCUUGAGAUUCUGACGGCCUCCAAGAAGCUUUUGACCUCGUUCACUGUGGGUGGAAGCGUGACUCCCAAGACGGAAUCGUUCUUCCCUCGAGAGGGCUACAGCGAUGAUUUGGAUUGGCGCUAUCUGAUGGACAACACCGAUCCUGUUUCCAACUGGUACACGAGUUCGUUCAAUGGCGAGUGGCAGACCAGCAAGCUCGCCGAUAUGCCUGCUCCUCAGUACACUGCUGCCUACUACUGCACCACGUUCAAUCUGUACUCGGCUCUGCCCUAUGCCACCAUGGAUGUGACUGUGCACACGCGUGGAGGUUUCAUUCUGUACAUCGAUGACGAGGAGAACGCUCGCUACAACCUGCCUCAGGGAGCCACGAACCAUCUGACGCAGCCUGUGACCGAGGCGGAGGCCGCUACGGGCAUUCGCAUCUCGAUCGAUAUGAGCCACAUCUCCAACCAGAAUAACGUGCUGUGCGUGGAAACCCACACGAUCAGCAUCCCUGAAGAGAACGAGUUCAACGUGGAAGUGGAGUUCGUGUACACUUCGACCGAUCUGGUGGUGGAUGGAACGAUGAGCGCUUCGGAUUUCGGUUACGAUGAUGAUCAGUGGCAUGAGACCAACGCCAACAUUUUCGAUAAGAACAUCAAUACCAAGUUCAACGUCAUGAACGAGGAUGCGAUGAUCGGAACGUACCACGUGUGGGCUGCCUGGACCUACAACAACAACCGCCGUGUGAUCAUCAACUACCUUCGCUUCUAUGCUGGAAGUGAGGCUCCUCGUCGUCCCAAGCAUCUGGAUCUGUACGGAUCGAACGAUAAUGGUGCGACCUGGCAAUUGUUGAUGGCGCAGCAGCCUACCUGGGAGUCUGCUGGAGGCUAUGGCUACAACCGAGAGUACUCGUUCACGAACACGGUAGCUUACAACAUGUACAAGCUGGAGGCCUACAAGUCCAAUCUGCAGGGUAUCGAAAUGGCCGAGGUCUACUUCGGAAACACCAAGGCUGCUGAGAUUUGCGCCUCGCAGGACAACUAUUCGAGCGCGUACGUGGGCAGCAAGGCGUUCAUUUCCUGCCCCACUGGAUACACUGGCUUCAUCUAUCGUACCUGCGUGUCGACGCCGACGGGCAACCAGCUGGAGGAGGAAGAGGACAACCAGUGCACGCUGCUGCCUCCCAUCGCUGUGAUCUACGGCAUUAACAACCAAGUGACCAUCAUCUACCAGAAGCAACAGUCCUUCGAGCCCACGGUCAGCGGAUCGGUCGAGUCCUACAGCGUGGCUCCCGAGCUGCCUGCCGAUCUGACGCUCGAUCCCACCACUGGAGUGAUUUCCGGAGCUUUGCAGAGCACGCAGACUGGAAACAAGUACACCAUCACAGCGACCAACUCGGCUGGAUCGCUGCAGACCGAGAUUUCUCUCACCUCGAUCGUUGUGAACUGCGAGGCCACGGCUGAGUAUCUGGCCACGAACCACGGCGAGUACUCGGUGGCUGUGUGUCCUGAGUACUACACGGGUUACGCGAUGGCUCGCUGCAUGGGAGGCGAGUUCGAGGAGCCCAAUCUGGAGCACUGCACGCCGCGUCUGAGCGGUUUCUUCACCUACGGAGUGAACUCGAUCGUGCUGAAGACGAACCAGGAACUGACCCCGAUCUCUCUGCUGACGGACGGAGCGUUCCCUUCGAUCUCAUGCAACAAGGAUCUGCCGGAGGGUCUGGUGCUGGGUGAGGACGGAACCAUCUCGGGUACGCCCACUGUGGCUUCGCCUGCUGCCGAGUACGAGAUUACCGGAACCAACAGCGCGGAAUCCAAGUCGGUGACGAUCAGCAUCACGGUGGAAGAUAAUGGCUGCGAGGCUCUGGACGAGUUCCCUGCUGUGAUGAACGGAGCGACCUCGGAGGCUGCUGUGUGUCCUGAAGGUUAUUCGGGCAUGGCGACGCGUGAGUGUGUCAAUGGCGUGUUUCAGCCCAUCAACUAUGAGGGAUGCACGCUGCUGGCUCCUUCCAGCUUCUCCUAUUCGCCCGCUUCGAUGAGCCGCGACUCGCUGGAAGCGAUCCGCAUCGAGCCCUCUGUGUCGAACAAGGUGGACGUGUUCUCGUGUCCCUCGCUCCCCAGUGGUCUGCAGCUGCUGGACAACGGAGUGAUCGCCGGAUCGAUCAAGGAGGCGGACACCUACACCUUCACUGUGACUGCGAGCAACGACGCGGGCUCCGCCCAGGCGACCGUGACCAUCACGGUCACGCCGAUUGGUUGCUCGGGAGUGGAGGGAAUCUCGCUGGCUGACGGAGAGCGCUACGAAGAGCCCUGCCCCGAGAACUACCACGGUGUGGCGUAUCGUACUUGCAGCAAUGGCGAACUGUCGAUUCUGAAGAUGGACGAGUGCGUGCUGGACUUGCCGACCAAUCUGGAUUACAAGGAGAAGGAGAUUGUGGUUACCACCAACGUGAACUACGAGGGAUUGAGCGCUAUGUACAACGGAACGGUGGAGUCGUUCAUGAUCUCGCCGGAAUUGCCCGAGGGAAUGGGCAUUGCCUCGGAUUCGGGUGCUAUCUAUGGAACCUCGGCGACGGCUUUGGAUCGCACAGAGUUCGUGGUGACUGCGAGCAACUCUGCUGGCAGCACCAACGUGACGAUCUUCCUCACUGUGGAGGUGCCUCACUGCCCGGCGAUGGCCGAUUUCCCGCGAACCGCCGCGAACGAGAGUUAUUCGUUCGAUUGCACGCAGAUCUCUGGCUACAAGGGAGUGAGCGAGCGAACGUGCGUGUUGAACGAGGACAAGGCUACGGCUUCGUGGGCGAUUCCGACUUCGUAUUGUGUGGAGGAUAAGCUGGAUCUGUACUUCUUGAUCGGAAUUGUUCUGAUCAUCAUCGGUGUUGUUCUGCUGGUUCUCGGCAUUCUCUUCAUGGUCAAGAGAGACAGAAAGACCCUGCCUAAGAAGCCUGCUUCCAAGACUGCUCCUCCUUCACCGAUUCCGAUGGCUCCUUCCCCUGUGCCGGCUAUGCCUUCUCCAGUGCCCGCUAUGCCUUCCCCUGUACCGGCUGCUCCUUCUCCAGUGCCGGUCGCUCCUGCACCCGCCCCUGCCCCUGCCCCAGCUCCAGCCCCCGCUCCGGCUCCUGCUCCGGCACCUGCUCCGGCUCCUGCUCCGGCUCCUGCACCAGCACCAGCACCAGCUCCUAAGACUGUUACAUUGUAA